ACAUAAAAACAGAUGAGACUUAACACAAAUGACGGUCAGUGGUUCACAUUUACUGAAUCUCUGGUCACGACUGUGUAUGGGUCCAUGAAACUACAUCCAUAUAAAUGUUGAUGAUUUAACACUAACCUGAGAAGAAAGUAAGGAAUCAACACUACGUCCAUCAUGGCAACUCUGGAGAAUAAUUCAACUGACUGUCUCCAUGUUGAUGAAUACAUAAAGAGUUAUUAUCUUCCAGUGAUGUAUGGUAUCAUCUGCUUAGUUGGACUUGUAGGAAACCUCACGGCAAUCGUCAUCUACCUGGCAAAGCUCCGACCCUGGAAAAGCAGCAGCAUAAUCAUAGUGAACCUGGCAGUGGCUGAUCUGCUCUGUGCACUGAGUUUACCUAUGCUGAUCAAGUUUUAUAUUACCAAAAACUGGAUGCUGGGAGAGUUCAUGUGCCGCUUCAUUCGAUUUUGCUUCCACUACAACCUCUACGGUGGUAUCCUUUUCCUCACUUGCCUCAGUAUCUUCCGUUACAUUGCGGUGGUGCACCCACUGAAGGCUGCUGAGAUUCAGAGAAAAAGAUGGGGCAUCUUAGCCUGCCUGGCUGUCUGGAUCAUCUCCUUGUUGGAGAUUUGGCCAAUGCUGGGCAUGAUUACCCUACAGCAGGAGGGCAACAUGACACAAUGCGUUGACUUCGCUAGUAACGAUCCUCGGGUGGUGUGGUGCUACGGUUGGAUACUCACAGCUUUUGGAUAUGUGAUACCUUUAAUGGUGGUAUGCUGGAGCUAUGCCCACAUAGCAGGUACUCUGGGCAGCAGCAUAUCCAGCCACAGACCGAGUCGUUCUCGAGCACGCAGGCUCUCAAUUCUGAUUCUUGUUGUGUUUGUAGUGUGUUUCUUACCCUAUCAUGUCUUGCGCGUGCUGAGGGUGGAUAGCCUGCGCAGGAACAAUGUGACAUGCAUGCAGAGGCGAGGCAUUAAUGCAGUCUACAUCUUGUCACGACCACUGGCGGGCCUCAACACCUUCUUCAACCUUGUGCUUUGUACACUGGCAGGAGACCAGUUUCAGCAGGCUUUCUGGAGCUUGGUGAACAGGAGGGUGUUCACGAACAGCAGGACAGCUGUGAUCCACACAACAAACAACCUGUCAAAGUUAGACCUCCUGAAUAUCUGAAUGCAGUACCAUUUGACCUGCUUCAUUACAUGGAUAAUACCAUAUAAUAACUUUAUUAUAUGUGCUUCACAAAACAUAAAAUAAAAACACACUCUGUAAAACACAACACAAUCGUAUAGUAAUAUAAUAAGAACAUAGUAAUAAAAGAAAGUCUAUACAAAAGAUUUUUUCAAUGAGACUUAAAAACAGACACAGAUUCUAAACAGACACAGCAGAUCUAAUAUCCUAGGGCAGGUUGUUGUACCAUAACCGUGGGGGCUAUAUACAGUAAAUAUACAGGAUCCCUCUUGCUCUCUCACUCUCUCUCUCUAUCUAUCUAUCAAUAUAUAUAUAUAUAUUAGGGCUGUCAAUCGAUUACAAUUUUUAAUUGAAUGAAUUAUAUGGUGUCCCGAUUAAUUAAUCGCAAUUAAUCGCAUAUUAUCAAAUAUUCAGAUAAUUAAAAUGCAUUACAUUCUUGUAGCAGAAGAGUUAAUCAUUGAUAAGACGAUACAAAAAGCGGCUUUAGAAUACAGUAUAUUUUUUACUACCAUAUUAUUGAACAUAAGUCAGUCAUUGGCAUACAGUUCACAGCAAUCCAUUUCACAAGUGAAUUUGUCAAUCAGUUCGAGAUUUAUUAUGAGGGCUUCUUUAAGGACACGUCAAUGUACACCUGUGUCAGACAUGCUUGUGUAGCGUCUCAGGUGCGUUGUAUCAUAAACAUAACAUAUUUAGGUCAUUGUGUCAAGUUAAAUAUAGUUUAAUACUUAGAACACAUCUUGAGAUCACUUCUGAGUUCAAAUUUGCGCUCCAUCAAGUGUUUUGAACGCAAGAGCGUAACGCAUGUCUGUAUUGUUCUGUCUGCUGGAUGGAUGUUUUGUUCUCUGUAUAAACUGCGCGUUGCCCAUACAGCUGAAAUUUAAAUUACUGCCCUCUGGAGUAAACAGGUGGUACUUCAAGCUUGCGUUUCUCAGGAAUCUUCCUUAUUACAGUCCGGGGGCAUUGCGUAAUUUUUUUUAACACGUUAUUUUUAAUCAAAUUAAUCGCACUGAAUUAACGCGUUAAAUCGACAGCCCUAAUAUAUAUAUAGUUCACUAUAAAAUAUGUUAAUUUCAUUGCAUUAAAUAACAAUCAAACCAAAUGCUAUUUAUUUUCAAUUAAGAUAACACAUACAUGAUAAAAUGAUAAACAAUAAAUAUACCUCUCAAAAAGUAUUGUAAAUGUUGUAGUUGUCAAGCUUAGUUGAACAUGGCAAUAGGUAAUGGAUUGAACUACACUUGUGGUUAAUCUGCUAUGAUCUUUUUGUGAACUUUUGGGGAAUUUACUUUAUAAAAUUACCUCGGGAUCAGUUGGUUAAAAUAAUUGUGAAAAUCGCUAAAAAAGGUUUACCACUUGGUUUGAUAUUUUGUUGCAAUGGUUGGCAUAAGUGUCCACAUAUUUUAUGGUGCCACCAUACUGUGUAAACUGUAUAUGUAAAAUAAUAUUAUUUUUAAUAACCAAUAGUGACAAUAAAAAAAUUUAAAUGGAUGCAGUGCAGGAUACAUACAGUAUAUGUAAUUAAUAUAUUGGCAUCAUAUAAAGAGUACACUAUGUAAAAGCAUUUGAGCAAAACAUUUGGAAAUGUGCUGUGCCCCUAAUUUGAAGUAUUUCUGUUGUAUUAGAAAAUGUGAUAAAAAAUAUAUAUUGAAAUGCUAUUUGUAUUCAUUCGUAUAUAGUCUUUAAUGUAUACAUGUUUUAAAGGAAACACUGUGUGGAAAUCAUUCCAAGUAAUUUGGGUCAGAUGCUGUUAGAUUUGUUAUAAAUGUUUCACCACUCAUCCAUGAUCUUUAUCUGUGUGUGCUCGGAAAUUUGAUAAAGGAACCACACGGAUGAGAGGCAACACAAAACAAGUCAUUCUUUGAUUAUCUGGAUGACUGAGAAUCUUCACUGACAAGGAAGCACACUGUUAUUUAUGGACAGCCAUUCAAAUCACAGAAACACAUCAGUAGCCAUUAGAUAUUACUUUAAGGAAGUAUUAUUGUAAGCCAUCCUACAUUCCUUCACUCAGAUUUCAGGAAUCUCUCUUUUCAACAAUGGACACUGCUCUAUGUUCUUGUUCUUCAGGUGUGUUUUCCCAUUGUACUGUUUGUGAAGAGAUCUGUCAGAACUUUCUUUUAAAUGAGCUCGAUUUUCAGAAGACUCC